UAAAAUACAACAGAAAAGGAAAUAAAAUACAACAGAAAAGGAAAUGAAACAUUUCUGUAAUGAUACUUGCUGGUCAUCACUACCUAAGUAUCACUGUACAAUGGUUUUAAUGCAGUCCCACAUUGUUGUAUACAUACAUGUGUACAAGUAGUACUAUAAAUAAUUAUAUAUUAUGUUCCUUUCAUUAUAAUUGUACAAAAAUUACUAGAAUGUGGGAUACUUGUCAGUGCAAUGGUUGGUUGGCUCAAGUUAAUAUAUAAAUGUUGCCUUUAUGUGUUAGGGUAGGGACUAAUUUUCUCAUAUCCUCAGUCCACUUUAUUAAGGUACUAAGCUUGAAAUGCUUCUGUGAAAAAUCAUUUAAUUUGUUAAAAGUAUCAUCAGAAAAUUAAUUGUUUAAAAACAACAGGAUGGCAAAACAUACAACUAUUUCUGUCAUUUUCAAAUUUUAUUUGCAUAAGCACUUAAUAACUUGCUACUCUUCACUACUUCUCAAACUAUUUAAACAGUGUAAGUGUCAAAUAAUAUUAAAUGCAGUGAUGUUAAAAAUAGUUCAGGCUUAAUAAUCUACAAAUCUGCGCCUCGUCCAGCUUGACAGUUGUGUACUUGUCCAAUAGAUCGGUUAGCACAUACUUCACCCCUACUAAACAGUGGCUAUUUCACAUUUUGGUUAGCCUUUUAAAUAAGAGCACUCGACACUUCUAGUCCGUUUUAGAGACAUCGACCAAAACAAAGCUGAAAAAGAAAGCCACUUUGGAUUUAUCAGAGCAUAGUUCAGCCACCGUAUGGUUCCGGUGCAAGCUUUCGAGCAAUUUACCAGUAUUAGAUGUCUUUACUUCCGACCUCAUUUCUGGGCGGAAGGAUAUUAACUAUGAACAUCAGCAGACAGGAUUUUUAAACUGGUCAAUACAAAUUGAAAUCCUCUGAAGCACAAAGAUGACUAACAUAGUACAUUUUCGGUGUAGUUUCCUUAAAUAGUGUUUAAUUUUAAAGUUGAAAACGAUAUAUUUUUCAACAUGGAUUUUGGAGUCCAGAGUUUAGCCUUAAAUAUGGCUGAUUUACUAUAAAAUAUAGAGGAUGAGCAUUGAGUGAGACGACUUCAAAAUAUUUUUGAUGAACAUCGAUCAUGGCUGUUUUAAGAAGACGCAAAUUAUUACUAGUCAUUUGUACGGCAUUUAUCCUCGUUGUCAUGGCAACUUUUGUCUUAUACAAUACUAAUCAAGACCAAAGAUUAUAUGCAAUAGAAGAUGGUAAGAGUUUACACAAUAACGUAUACCAUAAUAUCCGCAGUGAGGACAGGAAAGGGGACCUCUUUGACCAGUUGUUGAGUAGAGAUUUUCUGCAAUAUGACGAUACGCAUGUGUCAAGUGUUGAGGAGAAGAUGGUGAUAAGAAAAAAGCAAGUAGAGACAGUAUGUGCAAUGAUGAAAGAAAACAAUGUUUCUCCGCCAAACCAGCUCCUUUUUCGUCAUGAAGAUCUCAAACAUUUAAUUGUUGAUGAUAACCACCAGAUUUUAUAUUGCUUUCUACCAAAAGUUGCCAACACAAACUUCCGCCGUGUUUUUCUUGGUUUACAAGGAGUAGUGCCGAAAUCAAAUGUCGGAAACAUCAGUGGAUAUGAAAUAUAUUUCAAAUACGAUAAAACGUUUAAAUAUUUGAAAUCAUUUAAACCCCCUGAUCAGUCAACAUUACUACGAACUUACAAAAAAUUCAUCAUUGUAAGAGAUCCGUUGGAACGUCUUCUAUCUGGAUACAGAAAUAAAUUCUUUCAUCCUAAUAAAGGACAUAAGGCAGAGUAUCAUGACAGAGUCACCGCAUUUUACAGAAAUCACCCCCACCUUAUUCGCAGAAACAAUGUUCGGACAGAUUUCCGCUCUGGUGAACUUUCUUUCAGAGAAUUUCUUUUAUACAUGACUGAUGUGUAUGAAGUCAAUGAAUAUCUAAACGAGCAUUUUGUGCCAUCAAACCAGCUUUGUAACCCGUGUAACAUACGUUAUGACUAUGUUGGGAAAUACGAGUCAUUAGAGACCGAUGUUAAAUAUAUUUUUGACCAUUUAAACAUAGAUAUUGACUUUCCGGGAAGGAAUGACAACUAUUCUUCUAUUUCAACAAGUUCAUUGGUAGAGGAGUAUUAUAAACCCAUCCCUGAAUGGUUACUACACAAAACAUGGGAUAUUAUCAAAUUUGAUUCUUUACUAUUUGGUUUUCAUUUACCGAAAUGGUUCAGAGACAAGUUAAAUGGAAUUUGAUAUUUUGUCAUUGUUUUAGAAAGCAUAAAGACAGGACAAGUAUGCUGGAGUUUUAACAAAAUAUAAAAAUAGACGAGAUGAUGUUUACUUAUUUUGCUUACGUUUUUAUACAUUUUUACCAUACUAUAUCCACAUAUUUACAGUAAUUACUGAAUAAAGAUUUAACAGAACAAAUGCAGUCGUUUUUGAUAAGAAUAAUUUUGCACAUAAUAUUUGCAAACAAAAACCCUCAACAUUCUUUAAGGCUUAAUAUACUUAUUCCAUUAUUGUACUCGAGCAAGCCAACACACCUUUAUAAAAUCUGACUUGUUCUAUAUUUAUUGUUUUGAAAUGUUAGCGCGUGUAAAGAGAACAUGAAAUUCAUGAUCGGAACAAACUGAUACUGAUUUUAUUUACUAAAUUUCUUUGCAAGUCAUAUUAUUGGGAUAAUAAUAAUUUCAAGCGCGUGAACUUUGUCGAUUUUGCACAAAGACAACUUUACCAUAAUAAUGCAAAUGUGCACAAAAAUCUUUCAAUAAUGAAUGCAAAUUACAAGGACAAAAAGAUCAAACAGAUAAUUUCAUACAUUUGUAUUGAUUUUGAUAUUUUAAUUUUUGUCGAUGCAUAAAGAAAUCAC